AAUUAAAUAAAUAAAUGAAAAAUGAAAAAAAUGGGAAAAUAAGGGAAAAACAUGGUAGCGACCUGAGAUUGUUAGAGGAUGAGAGAGAAAAUCAAGGGAGUUAGAGAGAGAAAUAAGAACAAAAUUGAGGAAAAAAUUUAGCCCUUUUGGAGGCUCAUUUCUUUCUUUUGAGUCUUCAUCAAAGGGCAGCAUUACCAAAUUCUUUAAUUUUUAAUUUUUUCAUUUUUUAAAAUUUUUUUUUACAAUUUUAAUUCUCCGUAAAUUUUCCAAAAUUUCAUUAAUUUAUGACAACCCCAGAAAAAUUGAGACAUAACCAUUGAAGGAAGCAGCAGCUAAAAGUUUCAAUCUUGGUUACUUUCGUGGCCCCCUGAAUUCAGGGGUGAAAUCGGUCGAGUUGUUGGUCGUAUUGUUCACCGAGUAAUGGUUCUUUGUCUAACAUAGACUGCAAAAAUGAGGGGCACAGACAUACCUGUUAAGUUCAAGAAGAGGCCGUUGUUCCGGGUUCAUAUUGCAGCUCUUUAGCCUAUUCAUACUUUGUAAUGCAACUCAUUGUAGCAUUUGUAUAAGUCGUGGCAGCCGGUUGUAGAUUUUGUAUAGUUCUUUAGUUAGUUUUUGUUUUCUGACCAGUUCUUGGUCAUUGAAGUGAAAUCUGGCGAUUUUGUACAAUAGCAUUUUGUAUAGGUGCUGGCUGUUGGGGGAUGUUCUUUGUAGCCCCACCGUUCCAGCGUUGUGUUGAACAAGCAAUGGGUGGAAGAUGGAGAAUUUUUAAGCUUCAUUAUACCUGUUUUGUGGUUUUGAUUCUCAGUUUGGGGUUUCGGGGCUCGUCAUCCCUCAAUCUUGAAGGAUCAACUUUGUUAAAAUUCCGUUCUAGAAUAGACUCAGAUCCCUAUAAUUCCCUUGCAAGUUGGAAUUCUGAAGAUGAUCACCCGUGUAAAUGGAAGGGUGUCCGCUGUGUCGACGAUAAAGUGCAUAUGCUAGACCUGAGUGGACUUUCUCUAGAAGGAACUCUGACGCCUGAGCUUGGGUACCUAGACAAUUUAAGAUCUCUAAUACUCCGUGGAAACCGCCUCUCAGGUGCCAUUCCAGUGGAGUUUGGAUGUCUUACCACGCUUGAGGUAUUGGAUUUGAGUGGGAAUUAUUUGACUGGAGUGAUUCCAGCAGAGAUUGCCAACAUGGUGUCACUGAAACGAUUAUUGCUUAGUGACAAUAAUUUUGAAGGAACCAUCCCUCCUGAGCUUAAGGAGCAUAGCUUGUCUGUGCUGCAAUUUGAUGAACACCUUGCAUCUGUUACUAACAGAAAAUUUGGCCACCGGCCAAAAGUUGCGAUGGAGUCGUGGCUUGGUCAUGGAAGUAACCAAAUUCAUAAUCUGGAAACUUCAUAUGAGCCAAACAUGCUUCAAAAUGCACAGGUGCUAGCUACUGUUGCUCGUCGUAAAUUAAUUGAUCAGUCAAAUGUUGAAGCUUUACCGGCGAAAUACAGCCCUGUUUCUCAAGUCACCUCUCAACCAGUUCUAAGUAGUAGUGGGUCUUUUCCAGCCUUAGUCAAGGAGAAGAGCCAGUCUCGACCACCCUCUUUAGUGCCUUCUGAUUCUAACUCACAGCAGGAGAAAACACCUGCUCAACCUGCCCAAUCCCAUGCCAACACAGAAAAGCCUUCUCAAAAGGUUUGGGUGUUCGUUGCUAUUGGUCUUGGAGUGUUAUUUUUGCUUGCCGUUGCUGCUGCUUUGUAUUUCAUGUGGAGAAGUCGAGGUGCAAGGCCUAUAGGCCCCUUUAAGACUGGCAUUAGUGGGCAAUUACAAAAGGCAUUUGUUACAGGAGUCCCUAAGUUAAAUAGAUCGGAACUGGAAACAGCAUGUGAGGACUUCAGCAAUAUAAUCGCUACUUUCGAUGCUUUCACAAUAUACAAAGGAACCUUAUCAAGUGGAGUUGAAAUUGCUGUUGCAUCAACUCUUGUCAAAUCUUCAACUGAUUGGUUAGAUGCUGCAGAAUUGGCAUACCGGAAGAAGAUUGAAACAUUGUCACGGGUGAAUCACAAGAACUAUGUCAAUCUUCUUGGUUAUUGUGAAGAAAACGAACCUUUCACUCGAAUGAUGGUGCUUGAAUAUGCCCCAAGUGGUAGCUUUUUUGAGCAUCUCCACGUUAAAGAAGUUGAGCGUCUUGACUGGAAUGCUAGAAUGAGGGUAAUUAUGGGAGCAGCCUAUUGUCUCCAAUACAUGCAUCAUGACCUAAAUCCUCCAGUGGCCCAUAUGAACUUACGGUCCUCUAUAAUCUAUUUGACUGAUGAUUAUGCAGCCAAGCUUGUGGAGAAGCCAUUUGAUGUUUUACCUGAAGCUAAGGUGUCAGGUGAAGAUGGUUCAAAGCCCUCUGUAUCGACUAAAACUGCUGAUCUACGGCAAAAUGUGUAUGAGUUUGGCAUAUUGUUGCUUGAAACCAUCACAGGAAGGCUUCCAUACUCGGAAGAGCAGGGUUAUUUGGUAGACUGGGCUUUGAAGUACUUGAAUGACAGGGAGAAUAACAAGGACUUGAUCGAUCCAAUUCUCAAAUCUAUCAAGACUAAUGAGCUAGAUGUUAUAUGCGAUGUUAUUUUGCAGUGCAUUAAAUCCGAACCCUCACGUAGACCCACGAUGAAGGAAGUCACGACGAAAUUGAGGCAAGCCAUUCCUAUUACACCUGAUGCUGCAGUACCCCGGCUCUCCCCCCUUUGGUGGGCUGAACUAGAAAUCCUGUCUGUAGAGGCAUCUUAA